GCCAACAUGCCUGUCCUCCUCUUCUCUGUACUCUGGCUUAUUGCACAAACUCAAGUCACAGCCAUAAAGGAAACAUCUGAACAGGUGCACUAUGAAGUCGUUCAUCCUAAAAGACUGCAUAUUUUGCACAAAAGAGAUAUACAAAACACCCAAACAGAAAGCCAUGGCAAAGAGGAAAGAGAUGAUUCUGAACUUCAGUAUCAGAUUACAUUAAAUGGAGAAGAAGUCAUUCUUCAUUUACAAAAAACCAACAAUAUCAUGGGCCCAGACUACACUGAAACAUAUUUCUCACCAAGUGGACAAAAAAUAACAACAAGGCCUAGGAACACGGAGCACUGCUUCUAUAAAGGACACAUCUUAAAUGAGAAGGAGUCUGUUGCUAGCAUUAAUACUUGUGAUGGUUUGAGGGGGUAUUUCACACAUCAUGAUCAAACAUACAGCAUAAGGCCCCUGAAAAGCUCUGACCAAGAAGAACAUGCUGUCUUCACACAAGACCAGGAAGAAGUUGUUGACCUUGCAAAUUACACCUGUGGUAUGAGAAGUUUGGGCAGGACUAAAGGCCUUAUUCGAAACUCAAGGUCACCCAAGAGACCAGAGCAGGAAGAAUUUCUUCGGGCUGACAAAUAUAUUGAUCUCUUUUUGGUGCUGGACAAUGCCUUUUAUAAAGCAUAUAGUGGAAAUCUAACUGUGAUAAGAAGCUUUGUGUUUGAUGUGAUGAACCUACUCAAUGUGAUUUACAAAACCAUAAAUGUUCAAGUGGUCUUGGUAGGCUUGGAAAUCUGGUCUGAUGGUGACAAGAUAAAGGUGGCACCUGAGACACAUGUCACUUUUACCAACUUUCUGAACUGGCAUCGUUCUAAGACAGAGAAAAAGAAGAUCCAUGACUAUGCUCAGUUACUGAGUGGAAUUAACUUCAGUGCUCGACGUGUGGGAAUGGCAUCCUCAAGUUCUUUGUGUACCUCGUCUUCAGUUGUCGUCAUUGGGGCGAAGGGAAUGAAUAAUGUGGCUCUUGUAGCAGUGAUGUCACACGAGUUGGGCCAUGUCCUUGGCAUGGUUGAUGUUCCAUUUAACACUCCAUGUCCCUUUGGGAGUUGUGUGAUGAGCCAAUAUGUGAGUUCAAAAUUCCCAAAAGGUUUCAGUACAACCAGCCGCUCACAUUUUGAAAAAUUCAUUUUAUCUAAAAGACCAAAGUGCCUGCUGCAAGCACCAAUUCCACAAAACAUAUUAACAAAUCCAAUGUGUGGGAACAAACUUCUGGAGCUAGGAGAAGAGUGUGAUUGUGGCUCUCUGAAGGAAUGCACCAAUCGUUGCUGUGAGGCCAGCACCUGUAAAUUAAAACUUGGAGGUGACUGUGGAGACACUCAGGCUAUAUCACAUCAAAGACACUCUGUAGGGGAGGAGGAGGGAGAAGGACAGGACACGGGUGGGAAGAAGACAAGGGAACACGGUGGUGGUGCAGAGGGAAUUGUGGUGGAAACCAUACAUUCUCCAAAAAAUAAAGAAUGA